CCUCCCCACAAGGGGACCCCUAGCAACAGAACUUGGAAUCCUGGGGCAGGGCAGGUGGGCGGGGCCGGGCUGUUGCUGGGGUGAUGUCCUCCAGGGCUCUCCCCACAGAGGCCCCAGGGGUCUGGGGAGGCGACAUGGUGGGCUCUGGGAUCCCAGUGUUGGGGCUUCUCCUGCUGGUGCAGGGCUCCGUAGAUGGGAAUGGAAUCCAGGGAUUCUUCUAUCCGUGGAGCUGCGAGGGGGACGUGUGGGACCGGGAGAGCUGUGGGGGCCAGGCGGCCAUUGAGAACCCCAACCUGUGCCUGCGCCUGCGCUGCUGCUACCGCGACGGGGUCUGCUACCACCAACGGCCGGACGAGAACAUGCGUAGGAAGCACAUGUGGGCCCUGGGCUGGACGUGCGGAGGCCUCCUCUUCCUGAUCUCCAGCAUCUGCCUGUUCUGGUGGGCCAAGCGCCGGGACAUGCUGCACCUGCCGGUGUUCCUGCAGGGCAAAUGCGACUUGUCCAGGACGGUCUCGCUGCUGUCCAAGGACCGGGCCAGCGAGAAAAAGACGCCGUCCGUCGGCAGCAUGCCGGCCUCCCUGCCUGCCGAGGCGGUGGAAACCGGGGGCACGGAGGGGGAAGGCACGGAAGGGGGCGAGGAAACAGAAGGGGGCGAGGAGGAGGAUUAG